AUGGCAACCGUACUAGAGACCCGAGCAGAGAAGUUUGGAGCGCGAAGCUUUCAAAUAGAGUCCGACUUGCAUCUCGAAGGUGGCCCUAACAGAUUCGACCCCUAUGAAUUCUACACGUUCCCCCACAUAGGUCGUUUUCUUCUUCUGCCUGGCGACAUCGGCAGUCUCAAGGCGACCCAUGCUACUAGAUAUAAGACUUUCACAGACAGAAUGAGGAAAGAGUACGACCACGUCUUUCUCAUUGCCGGAAAUGCGGAAUGGAAGAAUGGAAACGUCUCCAUGUCGGAUACGCUUUCGACAUUCAAAAAAUUGCCUUUUGAUGACAUCGGCGAGACUCCGACGCCGGGACGUCUCACAGUCCUCGAGAAUGAAACCUAUGAUAUGGAAACUGAAUACGGGCUCAACAUCACUAUACUAGGAUGUACGAUGUGGAGCAAGAUCCGAGCCGAUGCGCCCCGCGGUGCUGGGGAUGGCGCUUCAAUCAACGGCAACAGCCAAGCAGCCCACAAUGCUCGCUAUGAAGAGUCGAUCGCUUGGAUAAGGAGAACCGUACUUGAAGUUCGCCACAAUAAGCCGAAUCACACCAUAAUAGUCAUGACGCAUCAUGCUCCCACUAUUAGAGGAUCCGGUCAAAAACGAAGGGAGCUCUCUCCCACGGACAACACAGCCACCAGUUUGUUCAGUGCGUAUCAGACAGAUAUCCUCGGGGGCGAGAGUGUAGAAGGAUUACGGGCAAACGAUAUAUGGACUUUUGGACAUACGCACUUCUCUUGCGACUUUGAGAUAGACGACGUUAGAGUGGUUGCAAAUCAGCGUGGAGGCGCCAAAAACGACGGAGCAAAGAUGCAUGGCUUGGAGCAUAAUUUCAGGGAGGAAGACCAAUACAAGACGCCCGUGAAAAAUGCCUAG